CAGCAAAUGAACACGAGCGCGCGAUGAGAAAGUCUGCACAGCCCCUAGAUCAGAGAUAGAGGAGCCCUAGGGAUUUGUAUACACACCACCACCUAUCCACACUCCAGCCUCUUUCCCCGCGCGCAUGUCGGUCUAGAUGGCGCCGGCCGCGGACAAGUAGCCCACAAACAGAUGCACUGCACGCAGACACCACACACACAGGCACGUGCUGUGAGUUACAUGCUUUCCUGUCAGCCGCGUACCUGCCAUGGCACCCAUGAGAGUCAGAUUGCCGACGAACCCGAUCGGCCUGAAGAUAUGCGCCUUCUCGAAGGCAUCGGACCGCAGCAGCGCGUACGUGUGCAUCGUCUGAAUGACAGAAGCCACAGUGAGAACCCGCCUCACGAAGAGUGAGUGUCUUUGGUACGUGUCUGUGGUGGUGCAUGUCACGUCACCUACCCGCAGCACGAAGAAGAUUCCGCCAUAGAUGUAGAGGGCGAGCUCUGUGAGCCCAUACCCGACACCCUCAACAGACGCGGCAAGCGUCAGCCCAAGCAACAGCAGCAAGUGAACAGCAAUCUGCAACACUCACAGACACACAUAGAGAGCCACCGCGCUGUGCCAGUCGUCACUCCAACGCUCACUCACCAUCUCAGUGUGAUUGCCGUGGGCCCUGCUGUACUGAGUAAGGAGGAGGGAGGUGUCCCUGCUUACGUGCGCCUCGCCAUCCUCUGAGUCAGCCUGAAACGAAAGGCAUACCCGCGAGCACAUCCAAGCAGGACACAACCAUGAAUGUCGUCAGCACGGCCCUUCUCCGUGUCUGCUCUCUUCUCACCUUGGCGGCUCCCGAGCCGAAUAGCACACCCGUUUUGACUCGUGUGAUUGCAGUGAUGAACGAUAGAGCCAGAUUCUCCAAUGCGUUGAGGACAGUGAACAGCAGCACGGGGGCGACGACAGAUGCCUCCAAAGCCAUUUCGUUCGACAGGGUAGGACGUCGAUAUGUGGAAGAGGACGUGUGCGGCAGGUACAGAUGGUGAAGUGAAGGCUGACUUGUAGAAGCAGUGCAGUUUUCGCUGGAUCUCGUCGCAGAUGCGUAGCGGAGUGGACGAAUGUCAGUGUGGACGUCCUGGAAAGCAUUCCCAGGAGGUGCUGGAAAGCAUCCUUCAGAACUUUUGCA